AUGGCAGACUCAAACACGGUUCGCAUCACAGCCGGGCCAUAUAAAUUGCUCGCGACCUUCGAAUCAGCUGCGCCCAAAACAGUCGAGCUCUUCCGUACGCUGCUUCCCUACCGACAAAAGCUCAUUCAUGUGCGAUGGAGUGGCGAGGCGAUGUGGAUUCCGCUGGGGGAGACCAACUUCGGCGUGCCAUUCGAAAAUCAUACAGCCCAUCCGGCAUCAGGACAGAUUCUCUUGUAUCCUGGAGGAAUCUCAGAGACAGAGUUUCUAUUUUGUUACGGCGGCGUUUCCUUCGGGAGCAAGAUGGGACCGCUUGCAGCGAACCACUUCUUGACUAUAACGGAAGGAAGCGAGGAUUUACAUGACUUGGGGCAAUUGGUCUUGUGGAAAGGUGCUCAGGAGGUGCUGUUUGAGCUGGUGGAGAAUGAAACGUAA